UUGUCUCGCGGUGGUUCAAUUUUCCAAAGGCAUUCAGCAACGUCAAAAACCAACAAUAGUUGUCCCUUGCUCGGUCAAUGGAAUGGUAUUCUCUGCUGCGAAAGCUAAUUGACAUGAAGUUGCAUCCGUUCUAGACACGUGCCUACAGAUGUUGCUCGAAAUCAGGCCAUAACCGGAAGGUGACGUAGAGCUCGCAAUUCAUUUCUUUAUCCGUCUUGUGACAUGGCGGGACGUUUGUUCUGUAAGUCGGAUACCGAUGAUGGAAGACGACUGGAUGCAAAUGGCGUCGACAUUUUCCAAUCAUCCAACCUAUAUUUGACUUGGAGUCUUUUCCAGAAGACCUUGACUUAUUGUUUUCGCCGGGGUUUGACGGUCCUUCUGAUAUCACCUCAGUCAACUACGUAUACACGUCACCUUUGAAUUCCAAUCAUUGAAUUAGUUCUUCCAUUGAUACUGAAUGGUGAUAAAAUUGACCGGAGAGCUUGCUCGAACAACUAUGCAUUUCCCUCUGCUUUUUGCUACCGCAUUCUUUGCGAGCGAUGUGGUCGCUGCCCGUAUCAUUCUCUCUCCCGUCGAUGACUAUAUCAACAAACAGUACCCCCUCUCGAAGAAAUUGCUCCUGGGCAACAUAGGCCAACCCGUCGGUGCUGCCCCUGGUGUGACCGGGGUCGCUGAGGCGAGCAACACCAACCCCCUCGUCAAGUUCACAUGGGUCCGGGACUCAGCGAUGGUGUUUAAAGCCCUCGUCGAUGAGUUUACACUGGGCACCGACGACUCUUUGAGAGGCAUCAUAGACGAAUUCUCCCUUGCCCAGGUUAGAAUGCAGCACACCGAAAAUCCAGCCGGCUCAGUCUCCACUGGUGGGCUUGCUGAGGUUAAAUUCAGCCUCGACCUUAAGCCCGACACUGGAACUUGGAGCCGCCCACAGAAUGAUGGUCCGCCCCUGCGUGCUAAUAUCUUGAUUUCCUACGCGGAAUGGCUCUUAGCGGGCAAGAACACGUCCUUUGUGGAGCAAGUCUUGUGGCCGAGCAUUAGCCUCGACAUCGACCAUGUGAUCAAUCAUUGGAACGAGCCAUCCUUUGAGCUGUGGGAGAUCGUUUGGACGGACUCAUACUGGACUGCUGCUAUGCAGGCUCGUGCUGUGUAUACAGCAUUCAGCCUUGGCCGCAAGUUAGGAUACGACGAACAGGUCAAUCGUUGGGAGGCUGUAGCAGCGAGCAUUUUGUGUUUCAUGCAGUCCUUCUGGAAAGAAAAAGAGGGCAUUGUGGCUAGCACUACAGUUCGGGACCGCUCUGGUGUCGACUCUGCCACAGUUCUCGCCUCUAUCUACAACUGGGAUCCUGCAGCUGGAUGUGAUCCUCUCACGCUCCAGCCUUGCUCAGACAGAGCCUUGGCAAAUCUCAAAGCUGUUGUAGAUGGCUUCAGAUCUUACCCAAUCAACCCGAAGGAGGGAGCUGCAGCUAUCGGCCUCUGGACCGAAGAUCAAAUUUACUUCCAUCCCUGGUACCUGGCCACCUUCGGGGUCGCAGAACAGUUAUACGAUGCACUCAUGUCUUGGGAUCGCGCCGGAGAAAUUACUGUGACAUCGACAUCUCAGCCAUUCUUCCGCCAAUUCGUGUCAGGCAUCAGAGCCUCGACUUUCAAGAAAGGAAAUCCGACUUAUAGGAAGAUUGUGGCUGGUGUACAAGAAUUCGCCGAUAACACCAUCAUGAUUGCGGCCAAGUACACCGGCGCCGGCGGUUCGCUGCCUCAACAGUUCCACAAUCAAACUGGCGAACCCGUUGGUGCAUCAGGUUUGUCUUGGAGCUACAGCGCCUCUGUGACCGCGUUCAACGCUCGCAGAGGCCAACGGCCUGUCUCGUGGGGGGCCAAGGGCCUCGUGCGCGCCGCGGCGAGCAGCUGCAAUGGCAAUGUUGCCGCGGCUGGGCAUGAAGGUGUGGGACACAGUGAGGAUAUAGAGGGCGUUUUUAGCAACGACGAGAUAAACUUGUUGGAAGGUCUCUACCGGGAAGCUGAAGUCGCUAACGAGCGAUACUACACAUAUAAUCAGGGGUCUUUGUUCGAGAAGGUUUAUCGGGAGGGCAAAGGUUUUGUGAUGAAUUAUUUGGCUGACUAUUACUGAACAAACCGAGUAGUGUUCAUGUCAGACGAUCGGAUUUGUCGAAUUUCUGUUAGCUACGAAUCUCCAUGUUUCUGCCAAACUGCUUUCAGUACCAUACUUAGCGUCGCGCGCGCAGUGAAAGAUAGUGUCCUCAGGCAGGGACAUCUCUAACAAGAAGAAAAAGAGACAUGAUCUUCGUAUCGCCAAAUGCAAUGCCACUACAAGUACGAAUCCUAGAAAGAAGUGAGAUACGAAUCAUCAGUGCCCGUUGUAGUCGAAGGGACCACCAUGCGCUGCGGUCAUGUGUCCAUAGGUCUGCUCUGAGGUGUCAAAAACAGCCAUGCAUUUCCAACAAAUAUGCCUCCCGCAUCGACACGCGAUGUGGUUGCAACCAUCGAUACGCUCAAUCGGGAUCUUGCACGCGGG